AUGUUGAGCAAGACUUGCACCCGCUUGUUGAAGACUUCCAAUCAAAAAUUCACAACAUCCCUCUUGAAUACAGCAACCCAAAAGCGUUUUUAUGCUGAUGAUGUUGAUGGAAGACAAUCCGCUUUGGAAGAAUCCAUUGCCUCCAUAUUGACCAAACAAGCCAACGAAUAUGAAGUUACCAAGGAAUUGGCUUUUCUUUCUUCCACCAUCAAGAACGAGGAAGAUUUUUCAUAUUUGAUGAGACUAGCUUCUAAAGUUGGAAGCAAAUUAGCCUAUAGUGGUGUUCAAGAUGUUGGAUAUAUGGCCAAGAAGCCAGUUGUUCGUGUUGCUGUUACCGGAGCUGCAGGCCAAAUUGCCUACUCUCUCAUUCCUCGAAUUGCCAGCGGAGAGAUGCUUGGCAAGGACCAACCUGUUCACCUCGUACUCAUCGAUAUUCCAGACUCUAUGAAACUCGUUGAAGGAGUCCAAAUGGAACUUCAAGAUUGUGCUUUCCCAUUGUUGAGAGGAAUUACAGUUACAAGUGAUUUGGCUGAAGGUUUUAAAGAUGUCGAAUACACAUUAUUGGUUGGCGCUAAGCCUCGUAGCAAGGGUAUGGAAAGAAAGGAUUUGUUGUUAGAGAAUGCCAAGAUCUUCCAAACUCAAGGAAAGGCUCUCGGUAAACAUGCAAAGAGCAACAAUUUGACUUUGGUUGUAGGAAAUCCAGCCAAUACCAAUGCUCUCAUUGCUGCUUCUAACGCUUCAAAUAUUGAUCCAAAGCAAUUCUCUGCAAUGACUCGUUUGGAUCAUGACCGUGCCUUGGCUCAAGUUGCUCUCAAAUUGAACGUGCCAGUUCGUUCAUUGUCAAAGUUUGCUAUUUGGGGUAAUCACUCUGCCACUCAAUAUCCAGAUCUUUCCAAUGCUUUGGUUGAUAAUGUUCCAGUUUUGUCUAAGGUUGACAAGACUUGGGUUGAAAAGGAGUUUAUUCCAACUGUUCAACAACGUGGUGCUGCUAUCAUUAAUGUUCGUGGUAGUUCAUCUGCUGCCUCCGCUGCUGACGCAGCUAUUAAGCAUAUGCGUGAUUGGGCUUUGGGUACACCAGUUCCAGGUGAAUGGGUCAGUAUGGCUGUUCCUUCGGAUGGCUCUUAUGGUAUUAAGCCUGGUGUUUACACGUCAUAUCCAGUCAUUUGUCCAGGAGGUGGUAAAUAUGAAAUUGUGAAGGAUUUGAAGAUUGACCAAUUCUCUCAAGACAGAAUCACAGCUUCAGUUAAGGAAUUACUCGAAGAAAAGUCAGGAGUUCAAGCUUUGCUCAAGUAA